UUAGGUUGAGGAUACAGCCAGGGAAGACUAUGGAGAGGGAGGAAAGGGUCUGUGUAUAAAAUGUAAAGACUUGUAAUUGAUUCGUUUCCAAAACGUUUCUUGCAAAAACGGCAUUAUGGUUAGACCUAUCAUAUAUUAUUAUUAUUAUAAUUCACGCGUUGGAUCUGCAUUCCCAUCUGACGCAUGGACCAGAGCUACUAUUUUGGAAAAACGCGACACCGUGCGCACAAAUAAAUACGUUCUCACGGUACAGCACAACAUCUUUACUUUGGUGGGUUACUAAAGUAUAUAUAAGUCAAGUCACUAAACAUAGAGAAAGAAUCUCCUAAAGGAUCAAUGGAAGGCGACAAAGCUAGAUAAUUCGUUGUAGUAGCGCGAUGGACUAGAGUUACAACAGAAGCUGGAUAACACUGACUUUACACAAAGCUAAGAAGCGAGCGUACAUUUUGGUUGAUUCGUUUAUAUUCAGGAGAAACCAAGGUUAAGUGUACUUAGAGAAGAACUUCGUAGCUAAUCAUGUCAACGGAGCAAACUUGAGGAUGAAAGUAAACCGCCGGAGCAGUUUGAUGACGUUUCACAACUGUGUCGUCUACGUCACCACCAACUGCCACGCAGGGCCCAUGUAUUUGGAAACUUGCCAACGUCUUGAACAACACUACCAAGUUGACUACUCCUCGCCUUUUUCUCCGCGGUGUCUACAAUCAUGGCCAAUAACAUGACACUUCUCUGGUGCACCUUCUCGGUUCCGUGCUGGCGGGUUAUGAUCGCUCUGGAGGAGAAAAUGUUGCAGGGAUACAACCAGACGCUGUUGGACUUCGAUAAAGAAGAGCACAAAUCUACAAUAGUCAUGGAACUCAACCCCCGGGCACAGCUCCCUACAUUCAAACACGGGGACUGCAUAGUGAACGAGUCCUAUGGAGCAUGCAUGUAUUUGGAAAACCAGUUCAGGUCCCAGGGGACCCAGAUGAUCCCUGAGGGUCUAGCUGAACAGGCCCUGAUGUACCAACGCAUGUUUGAAGGCCAAACCUUCUACGAGAAACUUAGUGAUGUGGUCUACUAUGAAUAUUAUGUCCCUCAGGGAGAGAGACAUGACUCUGCUAUCAAGAGGAACAAAGAUAACCUUGCAAUUGAAAUUCAACUGUGGGAGGGAUACUUUCAGAAGAUGGAGGCAGGCUCUUACCUGGCAGGAAAAGCCUUCUCGUUGGCUGAUGUCCUUGUCUUCCCCACCAUUGCCUACUCCUUUCGCUCUGGGCUGUCAGCAGAGAGUUACCCCAAACUGAUAGCAUACUACUCUAUGAUGAAGGACAGACCAAGUGUCAAAACUACCUGGCCCCCACACUGGCUAGAAGACCAGGAAAAACCUCAGUGGGGUGACUUUCUGAAAGAGCUCUGAGACUCACUCCUACUAAAGGAACACAUUAUUUAAAGUAUUAUAGGCACUUAAAAUCUACGUACACUAUAUAUACACAAGUAUGUGGACACCCCUUCAAGUUAGUGGAUUCGGCUGACAGGUGUAUAAAAUUGAGCACACAUCCAUGCAAUCUCCAUAGACAAACAUUGACAGUAGAAUGGCCUUACUGAAGAGCUCAGUGACUUUCAGUGUGGUGGCGUCAUAGGAUGCCACCUUUCCAGCAAGUCAGUUCGUCAAGUUUCUUCCCUGGUAGAGCUGCCCUGGUCAACUAUAAGUGGUUAUUGUGAGGUGAAACAUCUAGGAGCAACAACGGCUCAGUCGAGAAGUGGUAGGCCACACAAGCUCUUAGAACAGGAUCGCAGAGUGCUGAAGCGCAUAAAAAUCAUUAGUCCUCGGUUGCAACACUCACUACUGAGUUCCAAACUGCCUCUGGAAGCAAUGUCAGCAUAAGGACUGUUCGUUGAGAGCUUCAGGAAAUAGGUUUCCAUGGCUGAGCAGCCGCACACAAGCCUAAGAUCACUAGCACAAUGCCAACCGUCGACUGGAGUGGUGUAAAGCUCGCCGCCAUUGGACUCGAAAGCAGUGAAAACUCGUUCUCUGGUGUGAUGGAUCACGCUUCACCAUCUCGCAGAGUCUUGACCUCAACCCCAUUGAACAACUUUAGGAUGAAUUGGAACACCAACUGCAAGCCAAGCCUAAUCGCCCACAUCAGUGCCCGACCUUACUCCUGUGGC